AUGGCAUGUUGCUUGCAGACCUGGUCGGUUGGAUUAUCUCAUGUCUUUUCCAAUGGCAAUAUCACUCCCUUCUGCCUCAUGAGCGCAACGAAUCCCUCUUCUCCUGCCGCAGGUUACUAUGAACGAACGACAAUUGGGCCGAGCGAUCUUACCGAACCCGACACAACCCCUCCUCCACUACUCCCUUCGACCGCUUCCCUGCCGAGAGAUACAUUGUAUAAUCUUGACCAUCAGACUCCAACACAACGCCCUUUGUCAUGUCAACCAUCUGCCUUUUUGAGGCAAUCAAGCCCCAUCAUGCAAACCCCAGGCUCCAGCACAUAG